AUGGCGCGAAGAGCUGCAAACCAGUCUAUUGAGGAUCAGCCUGUGUUUGAGACAGCUGUGGGGCUGGAGAUGGUGGUGAGAAAAUGCCAUUUCACAGAGGAGUCCAUGGAAGCUCAGGUUGAUGAGCUGAAAAAGAACCUCUCUGCUCCCCCCACCGGGAGGUGGGUCCGGGCUGCUGCCGAGUUGGAAAACUGGCGGCUGGACUUGGCCAGGCGUCCUCAGCGCAGGGACUGCCGCCAGCCUGAAGGGCACGGGGCGGCAGCGCCUGGCCUGGCGCCUGGGGGACAGGGGAUGUGGAUCAGCCACCCAGAUAUUUUAUAUACAAAUAAUGUAUUUAAUAUCCCGGUUCUCCACGGAACUGCUGCUGGGGAGCAGGGUCAGCCCAACGGUGACCGCGUGCAGCGAAGCCCACGAGGAGCAGCGAGCCGACAGAUGCUGCCAGCCAUGGCCCAACGACCAUGGAGAAGGACAGGGCUGAAGCACCCUUCCCUAUUGGCUCUGGUAGUCUUGCUGGCCCUGGCCCUGCUGGCACUCUCCUACCUCCCCUCACCACCAAAUGGGGAUCAUGGCCGGGCCCCUUUGCCCCAUGUGGCACCAGCACCUCCAGCACCUGCAUCGCUCCUGCUGGCACCCCGGCCCCGGCGAGAUGUGGCCGUCACCCCAUGUGGGGACAAGCCCCUCAGACAGGGGGCAAAAAGACAUAGGGGGAAAGGACGGUGGCUGAGAGAGCAGGGUGCCCCAAUGCCUUCUCCUUGUGUGGAUCAGCCAUGCAGGUGGGGUGGCUCACCUCAGGAGGACAGGCUGUGCUUUGGUGAGACAGUCCCACCAUGGCUCUCAGAGGAUGACAUCCAGAAGAUGGAGCUGCUGGCCCAUGGCCGCGUAGUCUCCAAACGCCGUGUGCCAGCCCAUGGGCAGGUCCUGCGCAUCCGCCUGCACGCUGAUGGUGACACCCAGCCUGCCAGUCCAGGGGAGGACUGUGGGGAUGGGCGAUGUGGGCUCAUCAAGCGCUCCACAGACCUCUAUGAGGUGGUGGCCUUCCACCUGGACAGGAUCUUGGGGCUGAACAGGAGCCUGCCCGCAGUGGCUCGCCGCUUCUCCAGCCCCAUCCUACCCUACAGCUACACCAAUGGUGCCCCCCGGCCCCUCAUCUGGUGGGCACCCGACGUCCAGCACCUGGAGGACACCAACAAUGACCAGAACUCCUGUGCUCUGGGGUGGCUGCAGUAUCAGGAGAUGCUACGGUCCCACAAUGUGGCCCCGGUGGCAGGAGACACGGCCUGUGCAAGCAUCCAGCGUGGUGAGUGGGGCCGCUUGGCGCUCUUCGACUUCCUCCUGCAGGUUCAUGACCGCCUGGACCGAUAUUGCUGUGGAUUUGAGCCUGACGCCUCCGAGCCCUGUGUGGAGGAGAUGCUCCAUGAAAAGUGUCGAAACCCAUCCGAGUUGUUCCUGGUGCACAUCCUGGUCCGGAGGAGCGCUCCAUCCCAGCUGGUGUUCAUCGACAACGCGGGCCGGCCACAGCAACCAGAGGCAAAGCUCAACUUCAGGCUGCUGCAGGGCAUAGACAGCUUCCCAGAGACAGCUGUGGCCACACUGAGGUCGGGCUGCCUGGCCCACAGGCUGCUGAAGUCGCUGUACAGGGACCAGGAGCUCUGGGAGAGCCAGGGAGGUGCUGCAGGACUGUGGCCUCUGCUGCAGGUCCUGGAGAGGCGGGGACAAAUCCUGCUGCAGUAUCUCCAAGAGCACAACCUGACCGUGGUGAGGGACACACUGCACUGA